AUGCCACAUACACAGUACGUUGUGUUGUGGUUGUGUAUUCGUGCAAGGCGCCCAUUCUACUCGUUGUACACGGAAGCGCAUGUCAAAGGUCUGUUGAACGCUAAUCUCGACGCUUUAGUACUCGUCCUCUUGGAACGAAGCUCCUGCUCUAGCACUUAUUGGAAGUUAGUAGUCAUUUUCCGGGUAUUGAUACACGUCGAACGUCGGAUGCUGAAGAGUAUCGGACAUCGGACGUCUGCCGAAGUAAGACCGGACGGGGGCUCG